AUGCCAUUUUCACGAAAGAGAAGAUCCUUGGCAAGCUUUUCGAGUAUUUCGCACCCUACCGACCCACUCGCUAACGACAAAGUCAUCCACCUCGCCUGCCCGCGCCCGGUCCAGCCUCGUGCUCACAGGCUUUACGAGAACGAGUUGAUGACACUUCUUUCCAAGAUGCAGCACUUUCACGACAGUUCCUUGAACGAGCAUGCCCAGUCGGCUAUUUCCAAUGAUUGGGCCAUCUUCGCCGAGAAUUUCAGACGAAUUUUAGGGCUGAAACUUGUCACCAUACAGGCGUUCCACCGGACAAUGGUCGAAGUGGAUGUCGAUUCCAUCCCCAUCACCGCCAUAGCUGAACUGGCCUCUUUCAAGAAGAGUGUCAAUGAUCAGUGGCGCGGUAUGAGUGAGCAAUCCAAGGAGUUGAUCAAAGAAGCCUGGGACCGGUUCAUGCAAGAUGUAGAGGCACUCAUUCCGGAUCAAUAUAAGGUUAUGCUUAUUUAG